GCCGACCAAUGGCAUAAUGUGAAAUCAGUGUCUGCACACAAACUUCCCGGUCUCAAUGGCGGCGGCAUCCUGUGGACUAAUAAUAUGCCUCUGUGCCUUCACGGUUCUUCUCACUGGACACAGUUUUGCCAAAGAAGAGGCGGGGCUGUUUCCAGACUGUUGCUAUGGGAGCAACCCAGAUAUUUUGGAUGCUGGAAUUGGAAUUAUAGGAGAACCAAAGACUGUGGUUGUCACCCGAAGAUCAUCACUCACACUAGACUGCCCUGUGGCAGCUGAAAAAGAAUUUGGCAGUCUGAGUUUUUCUUGGCAGCUAAAUGGUGUGGCCAUAAAGUCAAGAACACCCAAGGCAAGAGUAUAUAUGCACAGAAAUGGCACACUUCAUGUCAGAAAAGUGAUGCAUCGGAUGAAAGAUGGAAAUCUGGUCUCUGAUGAGGGAUUGUAUGAAUGCUUUGUCACCAACAGUGUUGGCACUGUCUUGGCACAACUAGUUAAAGUUGUUGUUGCAAGUGUUGCCAAAACAUUCAUCCGUGAACCUCAAGAUCAAGUGGUGCCUGUGGGAGGGUUAGGCUAUUUUCAGUGCUACAUUGAUGCUACUCCUAGUGACAUGCUCGUUGUUUGGCACAAGGAUGGAAACAUAUUAGAGCAGACAGCAGUCAAAUACUUUAUUGAAGUCAAGACAUGCUCUAGACAUUUUGUGCUUGGUGGAGUACUUCAAAUCCACAAUGUCAUCCCCAGUGAUGCUGGUCAUUAUCGAUGUCAAGUGACCAACAAGGCUUUCUUUGAUUUUGUUACGGAUGAAGAUUAUGAACCACCUCAGUGGCGAAUCAGCCGUGAGGGAGUGCUCACAGUCACAGAAGAAACUACUUCACACUCACCUAUUUUUCUCGCAAAACCCCAAAAUAUCACUGAGGUUGCCCAUGGUCAUCCGGCCAUUUUGGAGUGUGUUAUUGGGGGUUCUAGUGUGAGAUGGAAAAGAAACUUGAGGCCAUCACAAGAUCUCUGGGAAACUAUAUGGCCCUCAGCGAAUUUCACAGUCCUCCCCGGAGGUAGCUUACAAAUUCAUCGUGUUUCCACUGCUGACCAGGGUAUCUACACUUGUUUUGAUGUAGAUGGCAAGGUUUCAGCCUCAGGAGAACUGCGUAUUCUUGAGGAACCUGUUAUUCAGGAAGGUUUCCAGAGCCGGGGUUACCCUCUAGCCAGCAUGAUACGCCUGGACUGCGUAGUUAGUGGACAGCCAAAGCCUAAAGUUCGGUGGCUGAGGAAUGGAACAGAUGUUGUAGAGAAGUCGUUCCGAGUGGAGUUUCUUGGUGAUGCAUUGGUGAUUUACCACAGCAAUGUAAAGGACUCUGGAUAUUAUCAGUGUCUAGCUGAGAACAAGGCUGGCUGGGCUUUGACAACUGCACGCAUUGCUGUUCGAGUUGUCAAUGAUGCUCCACCAGCACCCUUUAAUGUGACUGGGGAAGCUACUCUAGAUACCAGCAUCACGCUUUCAUGGGAUAUAGAGAAACCUGCUGGGCAGCUCAUUGGAUUCACCAUCCACCAUCAAAGGUCUGAUGGUGUGGGUGGGGAAGAGGUACAGGUUGUUGUUGGAAAUUACAGAAAGACAACCCUGUAUGAGCUUGAACCUGACACUGAGUACAAUAUCUUUGUGAGGGCUUACAACAACUUUGGCGCAAGCCUCAACUCCCCUUCUGUUUCAGUUCGUACUCAUAUAAAUGCACAUCCUUCACCCAUGCUAAGUGCCGCUGGAAGCACGUCCAUUUUAGUUACUUGGUCAGAUUUCCAUGCUCGCUACAGAAAACUUUUUCUUAUCGAAAAAUAUCGGAUCUAUUACGGGCCAACAGAUUCUGAGCACAAACAGCACCAAGAUGUGUCAGGAGAGCUGGACCAGUAUAUUCUGAAAGAUCUAGAUGAGAACAGAGAAUAUCGCAUAAGGAUGACAGCUGUUUUUAAGGAAGGUGUGCCAAGGCUUUCAGAAACCAACUGGCACUGGCAGAAUUUUCGCACUGGCAAGUCUCCAUCAAAUGAUAUAAAAACCAUUGAAAAUACAGGAGGCAGUGGUACUGGACUGAACAAUUCAGUGACUAAUGCUGUGUCGGCACCUGUGUCUUCAAACUUCACCACUCCACUAACAAUGGUUAUUGCUGCUCCCGUCAAUCUCUACGCCUUCCCCCUUAAACCAGAUGCUAUAACCCUUCAGUGGGACUACCCAUCAAAGAGUCACUCAGGGGAUAGCAUGCUGUCUCCCAUCACACACUUUGGUGUUCGUUGUCAGGCCAUUGACUCCACCAUGGCCAGCUUGUGCUCAGACACUUCCAAGGCAGUUCUGUACAAGACCAGCCACAGCAACACAGUGGUGCUGGAAGACCUCCAGCCAUUUACACUGUACAACAUCUCUGUGUCAGCAUACAAUGGAGAUCAACAGGGCCCUUACAGUCGACCCAUCUAUGUGCAGACCAAGGAGGAUGUGCCUUCUAAGCCUGAGAAUCUUCACGCCAAAAUUGUAGCAGAAGGUGAAGUACAACUAUUCUGGCAGUCUCCCAUCUUUCCAAAUGGUCAGAUCCAAGGGCAUUAUAUUAUCUACAGCAACAACAACAACAACUACUUUUUGGAUGCCAACAAUGAUGGCAAAUAUCGCAAGAUACAGUACAGCUCAUGGACACACAUCUACCAACAGGGCAAUAGCACCUGGGCCCAUGUCAGUAACUUGACCCAGCAGAUUUACUUCUUCCAAGUGAAGGCGUGCACGGCGGCUGGUACAGGAGCACCCUCUACACUUCUGAUGGUUAAUAUGGCAGAUUCUAUGCCACAGCGCCUGCUGAGUGACCAGCAUUUGGGUAUUCUGGGUGGCUCGGCCAUUGGGUUGACCAGCAUCCUCAUUACGGUCGUAGUCAUCUCAUGCCGACAACGGCAGCUCCGUCGUCAGCUGGAGAGGCAGGCAGCGCUGACACAAAGAGCAUCGCCUUCGGACCACACCCAGCGACCUUUAGCCUUGCUUGGCUUUCAACAGAUGCCUACCGUUGCCAGGACAGAGGAGCUGGAGAACCUGCUACCCCUCGCUGCUGUGACCCAGGCGACAGAUACAUCCGCUCUCACUGCCAUCAUCACCGGCUCCGACUGUGACAGUGGCGACAGCGGCUGUUCGUCCGGCCAUCCGAACACCUUCGACGACCUUGACAACGACAGCAAGCGCCCGCACCGACCGCCGGACCAAGAGCCGACCGAUGGUGACGUUAUUACCGUGUCUUCGUCGGAGGAAUUCGUACACAGGGCCCCCGAGACUAGCCACACGCAGUACACACUCUCGGGGUUGUCGGAAACUCUCUGCUGAUCUCCCGCACCCCCCUUGCUCUUCCCACUCGUCUUGCCUCGAGGUCAAGGGAACUGCUAAUUCGUGGGUAGGGGGAGCAAAUAAUGCUGCAGCCACUCAUCAUCUCCGGCUCAUUGGUCAACGCAUUUCAGGCCUCGUCGGCUGAUGGGUCAAAGCGUCAUUUUAUUUGCUGACGUGAAAAAGUAAGAGCUUAACACGGCCGAGAGCUAGUGCAGGGCUUCAGGCCAGACAGAUGUGUCCGCGCCUAAAACACCAACCUAAGACGGUGCAUGGUGCUGCACCAGGGAUCACGCUUCAUUCACGUCUGUAGCUCACGCCUGACCACAUGACCGAACUUGCACGCGUGCACCUCAGCAUCCUGUGUGCUUCACGGCGGGCGCAAGGGCCAGGAAGUGCUAAUCAAAUGCUACCUUGUGGAACUUCAGCCGUCGUGCAGAGUCGGCCUCUAAGUGAACCUUAGCAUCGAGAACGAUACAACAUGGGUUUGAAGCUUUAAGAUCCCUCUCGUGAUGACUAGCCGAGCAAUCAUAGUUCCAUAGGUCUCUCUUCAUUUCUUUCCCUCUACCCCCACCUCUCCCAACUCACCCCGUGCUGGCCGAGUGGAAAGGCCGUGCACCUGUUAGAGAGCAAGUUGCUGCUAACCUGAAUGCACGCGCGUGGAUUAUUCGGAGAUGCGUGUGCCAAGUGUGUGCCUCCUUUGCAGGUAUGCCUGAUCCACAUCGUUUUGGCCCUAUCGUGAAGAGAAACUACUUUUGUUAAUAUGAUGGAGCCUCGUUCCCACUGUGCUACAUUUCGUCGCAGUGCUACAUAUGUUUCUUUUUGGCUGCUUACUGCAGUCGUUGUUUCUGGGGCCUAGGGUUGUGGAAAGAAGAGUUUCUCUGUUGUGAUUGAUUACACGCGCAAAGGGGACAUGUCAAGCCCCUCGUGUCCAAGCCCUUAGCCGUUUUCUUCAGACUUAUUUUGUAUAUUUGGCACGAGGGCCAAUGAGAAUUCGUCUGCACAUUAAGCAUCAUCGGAACGAUGUCAACUUUUUCGAAAGAUGAGUGUAGUCGUGUGACGUAGCCAGCUAACUCUCGUUCUGCACGACUGUAGAGCUAUGUCACACAGUAGCUUUGGAUACCACACCCAUUCUAUAGCAGAGCAUCUGCAACCUCACUGUUAUGAUGGGUGGGUCAAGUAGGGUGCGUUGUGUAAACAAAUUGACACCAAUGACUGGAACAUUCUGUGAGUAGUCUCUCUGACUCCCAAGCUUUGUCGUUAAAUUGACUACCUCCCUUCUUCGCCACCCUUUCGGCACUGAAGCUUGGCUGGGAGUCAGAGAGACAGUUUGAUCAACAAACAUGAACUGAUCGGGACGUUUAGGUGGCCUGCUGGAGGACACAAAAGAAACAAGGACGGUUCCGAUUUAAGAGAAGGAGGCGGAGGUCUGACUAUUAUCGCGAUUAACGAAACAAAUAAAGCGAUCAGCUCAGAGCCGGUGUGGACGGAAACUGCAUGGGACUGCAUGUUUAUGGGUCUAUGGUCGCGUCUGCAGGGAUUGCUUCACUUUUUUUUUCUCUCAGCAGCUGUGAAAACGUGUAGACAAAUUACCUCAUAUUUGGAAUCACAACUUCAAGACCGUCAUCUCUUUCUUCCGUAAAUCCACCUAUUUCUGUACUUCUCUCCGUUGCCCUCAACCUUUCCUCGUAUACUGACUAAAAGUUUCGAACGUCUACACACAGCGAAACCAAGAGUGUGCUCCGGAGAGCACGUGAAUUGCGUUAGUCAUUGGUCGUAGUGGGUUUGUGGGGUUUCACGUGCUGUUGGCAGUUACGAUUUGGGGGUGGGAAAAUCAGGUCUUGCCAUUGUGGUUUCACUUGUUAUUGCAAGCUGUAUUGCACGUGCAUCUUGAAGUUGUGUCUCGCCUACCUCGGGGAAGAAAAAAAGGAAAUGACAGCUAAAGCUUUCAAACCGCAGCAGUUCCAUGUGCGUGCGUGCAUGUUAUCACCUGGUCACCUAUCCCAUGUGUGCAUUAGACUUUUCAGAGGAAAGUGCCUAGUUCUUUCCAGCCUGUGAUUGGCUGCAGAAUCUCUUCUGAAUACCUUUGAUUUAACCAUUGAAACAGGAAGUGGAAGGUCUUUUGUGGCGUCCAACCGGAAGAGAGUGCUCACUGCCUGUUGUGUUAAUACCCCGGAAAGGUUGUUGUGAAGAGGCUUUCAACUACCUGCUGUAAUAAUAUUAAAGUUGACAAAAGGUCAAUUCUCAUAACCUUUCGGUCGUUAGGAUUUGAGGCUUUAUAGACCUAGAUUUUCUCGGGGCCAGCUUGUUUGUGAGGGCGGUGUCCAUCUCCAACCAUCUACGGAGUUAAGUACCCAUUGCUAACAGCUGAGUUGACUGGGGUAGGGGUGGAGAGUUCAGCGCCAUUCGGGUUUGGAACAGGCGCGCUUUCGAGUGUGAACGCUAGUAUUCUAACCACUUGGCUAGAGUUUUCACUUUUUUUUAAAGCACCGGAAAAAAACUAUUUGCUGCCUGCUGGGAUUCCGCCGCGGGCCACAACGGCCACAAAUGGUGGAUAAAAGGAACUUGUAGACAACAAAGAUCUAUGUCUGCCUAAACUGACGACUGGACACUGAAAACGAAACAGCCGUGGCCGUGGCCAGCCCUGACGGUCUCUUACUCUUUACGUGUCAAAUUUAUGAACAAAGAGUGCGAGGUAAUUCCUGGCAACAUUCAGAGUAAACAGGGUUGUCAUUGCAAAUUCACAUUGUUCAGUAACGAUUGAUGUUUUCUUUCCUAUCUCUUGUUUUCCUUCCACUAAGAAUUAACGAAAGAUUUAUGUAGUUAAAUCAUUUUCUACUUCGCUAGUUUCAGCAUUAGUCCAUUACUCCUCAUAAUUUCCGAGUGUAAGAAUGCUUGAUUAAUAAAAAGCAAGUCCCUAAGUUGAAACAUGUACCACAUUGUUUUAUUAAGAGUUGUUCCUUACCUCAAGUAAAUCAGUGCAGCUUUCGACAGACAAGGUGACGACAAACACCUCCUGAGUGAAACUCCCACAUGAUGAAAGGCAGUAGUCUUGCAUAACUUAGUCCCAGAUGGCUCCAGAGUGGGAGGUACUCAACGGCUCGUGUCUGUAGUUUUUUUGUUUGUUUUUUUUUUAAAUUUUGUUUAAAAUCUCAGCAGACCUUCAAGUUUUGUAAUUUGAAGAUAUUUUCAGAGGAUUAUAUCUAAAAACUCUCGUCAGGGAUUUAUUAGGUUUAUUGGCUGUGCAGGAAAGAUGUUCAUGUUGAUUUUGUUGGCAUUAUGUAUGAGCGAUAUAUAAUGCCUUUUGUAAAGUAUCCACCAUUUGCAUCUCUUUAUCUUCUAACUACAUUUUAUGCACUCGCAUACAUAAUCCAAAGACAUGUGCAACAUGCAUGCGCGCACACACCACAUGAAUGUACCCAUGAUUUCUUAUAUUAUGAAACAGUGUCUAUAUUAAUAUAUUUUGUAUGCUGCAUCGCAAACGUUGUGCACUUUUAAAUCUUUUUUGUAGCCACUCUUGCCCUGUAUGACAUGUUCUAGGCCUUCACAGCGAUGUAAAGGAUGACUUUACUAAGUGUCAGCAGGUCAUCCGUGACCCGCCUUGCCACACACCAGGCUUUCACACUGGCGUUGGUCUUGAACAAGGUGUGAAGUCUGUUCUCUCACUAUUGAUGGCGCAGUUUGGCAUCCCGAAUCUCCUGUUACUUGAUACUUGCAUUUUGUCUGCUUUUUUGUGUGUGUGUGAAUGCUGUAGAUUAGAACAUUGUCCUAGAAACAGAGGGCCUCCUGGCUGUACAGCCAAGACGAGUUUUUUUUUUUUCCUCUAUCACUUUCAGACCUCUUCUUGGUAAAUUACUUGUGGGAGCAAAUUUUUAUUGCAGAGACAGGUAAUUUUGUGAACUCAGGGAAGAGAGUAAAAUAUUUAUAUAGUGUUUAAAUUGUCCGUUAGAAAGUAAAUCUUGCCAUUUAUAGACAGUUAUGUAAGACUCGAAAAACUCAGGUGCAGAUUUCAACCUUUUGCCAGGAUCUGUUUCUGUUGAACUGUUGUUUCUCAAAGACCUGUGUGCUGCGACAUGAAAUUCCUUCGUUAUUACCACCCAACCUCUCUGCUGCGCACACCCGUCAAGUGGCAGAGGCCCUAAUUUCUGACACUAGACUUAACAUCAUCACCAAAUAAUUAUAGGUUGUGUUUUCAGUAAGACCGUAGCUUCUACCAACGUCUUACCAGCAUCCAUAGGAACCUCACAAAGUAGCGUCAUCAGCUGGAAUUAUUUUCUCCCUGUGCGUUUUAGGCUCGUUAAACGGUGCAAUAUGGCACAUUCUGCAUGGCUUUUCAAAAUUAAACCAAUCAGUGUUGUAACUGGCAGCUACAGUGAUAAUGAGCCUAAAAAUAACCUUUGCGAAGAUUUCUCAAUUACUAAUCAUGUACAGUAUAUACUCUACGGUGAAAAUCACAAAACUCACAAAAAGAUUUGUAAAAGUUGUUUGUUAUUUUAAGAUCUGAUAGAAAUGUAUGACGUAGUGUUGAGUGCGGAUUUUGGGUAAAUUAAAGGUCUACCAUGUAAGAUUUCUUUUUUGUUUAACUGGGUAAGGUUCGGAUUUCCCCAACUCUGGGUGAAUAGCUCUCUGUCGUUCUUGACAUACACAUCUGUAGCCAUCACAACGUAAAAAAAAGAGGUGAGACUCCUACUUCACGUUUUACACAAGUAAUUAGUAAAUGAUUCACAUUGGCUGUAUCCUUGUCAUUGUCAACGUAUUCAUGUACAAUUCUGAUUUCAGUGGUGUUGACCUUUGUAUGGUGCAUGGUGGUGUUUCUAUCUCAAGGACGAGUGUGAAAUAUUCACCCAGAUUUGAUGGGGAAAAAAUUGCACCCCACUAGACUUUAAGGUUUGCCUGAAAGCUCCGAGUGUCCUGUGAAAAGGCACAACAGGACCUGGUCUCACCAUUUGCUAUAUUCCGUCAACACUUUACUGUAGAGAACCAACACCUUAAAAAGGCCUUUCUUCGUCUCUCGUUUGUAACGAAAUGUUUUUGUGCAUCAGCACGUUCACCCCGUAGUUAGAAGUGCAUUCUUCCAGCGACGUGAUAAGAAGACAAACAUUUCCUGGCUCCACAGCGAGCCGAGAGCAUUUGGCUGUUACAUAACGACACGUGGCGGAAGGCGCACAGAUCCAUAUUGCCUGAGUGACGUCACCAGUGUCAGUGUUUUUGCUUUGUUUCCUGAGGAGGGCAUUGACACGAGUGCGGUCGUCAGCCGUGGUGUUGAUGCAAGGAUGCGGCUGCUGUAAAGGUCACCUACUUCGAUUCCGGUGAUGGUAUGACGAUGCCGUUAACCCUGCGUGCCAUCCUUUCUGUUUGAUUUCAGUAGAUUCAUUGUGAUAGCUGAUUAAAAUGGUGCAUGGGACUAUUAAGGAACUUUCCUAGAAGGGUAGCAUUAAGUGGACCUUUACUCGGGUAAACAAGGUUGUUUUAGAAAGAAAAAACUCCAUGUUGUAGGCCGUGUGCGUGUUAUUGUCUAUUAAAACAGGCUCACGCACGCGCUUGCAAGCCUCUUAGCGCACCUGAUGCUUGCAUUCCAUUCUACCCACCCGUACACUUGUUUGCUAACGCGUCAGGAUUUUUUGCCGUAAGUGCGGGAUAACUGGGAUUUAGAAGAAUCUUCUACGGCCACGUCGUGAUGCUUUUUUUCAAAAAGUUCUUUUGUCUUCAAGCAGACAAUUUUUUUUAAGAUAUUUUGGUCCACCGAAGCAGUGAGAAGCACUUGAUUGUCAAACUCUGCAUUCUGUCUUACACGUAAGCCACUUGGCCUUUUUCGGUCUUUGUUGCUUGGUGGUGUUGUUUUCUUGUGAAAGUAGGGUGAUUUUUAAUUUACUACGACUCCACGUGCUUCCCUCUUGAAGCAACGGACAGGGUGCAGCAGUGACAUCAGUGGGUAUCAGGUUAUGGUUCAGUUUUUCAUUUUAAAAGGUAACGUGUAUUAAGAAUUUCUUAAUAUUGCUCGUUCUGUAUUCUUUGGUAAAGUCUUUUCUAAGGUUUUAUUUUCCAAGAUACCUCACAUAUUACACUUACACCCCUCCUUUUUUUCCAGCUUUUAAUUUUAGCGUUUUGUUUUGUUUGUGUGUGUGUGUGCAAACUUCCGCUGUAAGGGAAGGCUUGUUUUAACAUUUUUCUUAUUGUUAUUGCUGCUACUUUAUGCCCCUCCAAGCAGCGCUGGCAGUUCCUGCGUCAAGUGCCUGUAUUUGUGUGCAAUAGGCAGCACAGCACACACUCUUUGUUUAAAACUGCUACGUGAUAGACUAAGAAAAGACCGUUGACUAUUUGCCAUUUCUAUUUAAAUAGUUUUAAAUAUUUUUUUUAUGCAUCUGUGGCGACGCUUUAAACGUUGGCGGUGCAUAUUCAGCAGCACACUUUGCUAGUUUCUGCCCUGUCCUGUUCAUUCUUUCUUCCUUUGUCUUUGUCUUUCUCUCUGCUAACCUUUUCGGUCUGUACCUCUCUCUCAUCGGUCUCUUCUGCUUAACACCUGGUCAGAACAGGGACUGCAUAUAUAUAUAUGAAUAAGUGGAACAAUAUUUUUGGUUAGUGACCUAUGUACGCGUUAACUUUUGUGCAAUGUGUGUGUGUAAAAGAUUGGUUUGGCAUCAUUCUGAAAGAAUGGUCAGUCAGCUAAUAUUUUAACGAGUGCCUCUCCUCAGUAACGAUGCUUUUGUCGACUGCUCCGUUCUAUUUCACACUUGUGUUUCCUUUUGAAGCAUCGGACGGGCGAGGAGCUGUUUGUGGCUCACAUUACUUGGUUGCUUAGCCUAGCUACGUGUUGUGCACUUGGCCGUAGGCUGCUUAUGAAAAUAUCAACAGUUUUGGUGAGAUGUAGGUGUUGCUGUACUUUUGUGUGUUAAACAUCGCUUCUCUAGCCUUGACAGUCUUGAUUCAUGAAAUAUAGAAUACAUCUGUCAUUGCAUGUCAGUUCAUAAGGAUUUGUCAACAGCUAAACUGUAAGUCUUCACAUCUUUCCGAUGAAAGAUUGCUUAAUUGUAAUAUCACAGUUAAGCGUGACAGUCUGUGAUUAGUUGAUGUGCCAGUUUGUGAUCCUAGUUUACAUGCCAGUAUAUGAGCACAUUAAAUGUGCCGGAAUACGAGUAGCUCUGUUGUGCCAGUAUAUAUAUGAGCAGCGUUGAUGUCUCAGUCUGUCAGCACACCCGAUAUGCCAGUACAUGAUAGGAGCUGACGUGCCAUUAUACAGUCAAGUUUAUGUGCCAAUCUGUGAUCCGAGUUCAUUUGUCAGUGUAUGAAUAAUGACUACAGUACGAGUGUCGAGGGUGUGACCAGUGGAACGCAAGUAUCAAUUUUUAAAGGAGAAAAAUUGAGACAGGAAAAAUUAGAGAGGGGAGAGAGAGAAGAAGAGGAGGCAGACUGUGGGCUUUACAUUAUCCGCCUGACGCAAGGUGUCCAGCUCCAGUCUGUCGCUGCAGAGCUCCACACACUGAGAAAAGGUUGAAUUGUAAAAUUGUCUUGUAUUCUAGCAACAGUGAAUUGUCUGAUCACUGAUCGAAUUGGGAAUUUCUCGAUGUGUUUAGCGUAUAGCCUCAGCAGAAAGUCUGUCCUGUGAACUCCCAUGAUCCGCGUAUCAUGAGCUAGACUGACAUACAAGGAAAUGCGUAGCUGUGAUCAUUUGCAACACUUUUCUUUCUCCUCCACCCCGCACCUCGUUGUUACUGAAUUCAGCACAUACUAAGGGAUUUGUUUGCAGACUUUUGACUGUUUUUGACAUGUUUCUCACUUUCCUUGUGUUUGUGGAUCAUCUCGAUGUCCUGUCAUUUUCUUCCUUUCCUCCUUGUCCUGCUCUGUACUCUUUUUUGUAUAAAAGCAGGCUUGCUAGUGUUGUGACUUGUAUGCUACUGGCACAUGCGGACCGCUGUAUUGAAAGUGGUGCCGAGUCCCGAGGCCACGGGAUCCAAACGACUCGGGUGUACAAUGGAAACGUUCAAAGGUGGCUACUUUGUACAGUUGGGGGUGUAAAACGCGCGUUGUGUGACGUCACAAGGGGAUAACUGAGCAAAAGGAAAGUGAGUGUUGUGUCGUGGAUGAGGUUUAUUAUGGCGUGUUUGUGAGAGCCUGGGUACUUUCUGCUGAGUGCAUUUCGUGUCAAAUUUUUUUUUGUUUUUUUGUUUUUUUUUUGUUUUUGCCGGGGUAAGGGGGUGGUCCCGUCCUGAACAGUAGAUUCAUAUACAGCUGAAAACAAGAAGCUUGAAGGCUCAGCUUUGCAUUUUCUGUUCCAGACUUUGAAAGCAAUUAAAACAAAACUUCGCUCUACAUUCAGCUACAUGUUUUAUUUCCUACAAGUGUUAAGUUUAUUGUACCUGAAAGAUGGAGACCGUGGCGUGUACAUGAAGUGCUUUGCGUGUAUAUGUGUGUGAGUGUGUUUGCGAUAAGUUUAUAUUAUUGCCAAAACAGUUUUUAUUACCAACAUUUAUUAUGCUUAUGAUGCUAAGCAUGUUGUUAAGUUAUAAGACGAGGCCUUGUAAAGAACAUGUUAAGCAAAGAAGACCUAGCUGCGCUGGUCUCGAUAACAAAUGUGGUAGAUGACAAUGACAAUGUACACGCUACGCUGUGUAACAUGCUGACGCUUACAUCUGUGUAGCUAUGGCUUAGGCGCUACAUGUCACAGCAACUACAGUCACGUGGUGUGUGACGCACCUAGAUGACAGUGCAUUCCUUUGAACAUGACCACUGCUGAAAAUCCUGAUGACUGCGCAUGCGUCCACAAUAGCGAGCACGUUUGCGUAGUUUCACCGGGCUAAGACAUGCACGCAGGCAGGCACGCACGCACGCACACGCACACACACACACAGUGAGUAGCUGGCAACAUCAGUAGAGCCGCGAUACAAUGCUGACGCACGCUGUGAUAUUAAUGUUUUAAUUCUAGAUCGUCAACGAUAUGUGUGCAAACUACAACCUAUUAACCCAUUUGCUGUCGACACAUCAGUUCGACCCCGCUGCUUGCAGAUGAAAUGUGUGGCAUUCGUUCAUGUGGCCUACAUGGUAUAGUUUGUUUUUCAAUUUUAAAAUCAUUUUGGGAUAAAUAUUUUGCUACUACUACCAAUUCAUUUUCAUUAUUAUUUGCUCUUGAUAAGAUAGUAUAGUUUUAGCAUUUUUAACACCAUUUAUGCGGUGCAGGGGUGUAGGGCAGAUAUGCGUUCGUAAUUAAAUUUUAGAAUAUUUAAUGCCAUGCCUGAUAUGUUUGCUUGUGACCUUCUUUAUAUAUAUAUAUGCACUAUUAAGUUUUGUUAGUAUUGUAAAUACAUGCUUGUUGUGAGCGGAAAAGGUUUGUACAAAGAUUUUUGUGGGCUAUAUAAGCACAUGUUGGGACUGAUGUAUUUUCCUUUAUGAAGUGAAAAAGCAGUUCCGUUGUGGUUUUUUGUCCAACUGAGAAAAGAUAUAGAAGCAAUCACGAAUCAUCCUCAGUAAGAGAUGGCGCUUCUGGCUUACACUGUACGCAUGAAGUCGCGCUGACAUCUUGCGGUAGAGAGUAAACUUUGCUAGGUGUGCUUGGUCGAGACGAAACAUGUUUCAAGUAUCUUUUGGUGGUGAUGAACGACUAUGAAGAAAUAAAACAAUGGAGAAUGCCUGUUUUGUUGUCCUGUCUUUUUGAUCCCACGGUGAUGUGUCAGUAUAAAAGAAGAGCACGCGCAAGAGAGCUUUUUUUUUUGGCUGAUGUACACGUGCCUGUCUUUACAAAAUAAAUGUCUGAUGAUGUAAGUGCACGUGGCCCGAAUGUGUGGUGCACACGGCUUUGGUGUAGCAGGCUGAAGUAUUCAUGUACAAAAACAACUGUAAAUGUAACCAAUGAUUAUAUAGCCUUUGAUGGAACCCUGAACUUCGAAUUGCCUACUUUUUGUCUAGAAUGCGGUUCCUUGGUUUAUGUGAGACCACCUGUUACCAAUUUUUUACACAAUUUUUAGAGAAGUGUUGGAAAAGUUAUUGACGUUCGUUCCUAUUUCACCUUGCAAGACUGCAAUCGUCUUCUCGCAAAAGUGUUUAAAAAGAAGCGGAAAUUGUCCCAUUUAUAAAGAUUUCUGCAGCUGUGUAAUAGGUUUUACUUUUUUUCCCAACUCUUUUUGCCUGGAUGCAUGCGGGGAAACGUGUGUAAGAGUGAAAAGAGGACAUUUGUGUGUGUGUGUGGUUUAGAACACAGUUAGCUGUGAGAAAGUUGAUAUUCUUUAAAACAAAAAGUAUAAAUUCUUUCAUUCAUUUUUGGAAACGUUUUAUUGUGAGCAAAAUGUUCGUAUUUUGAAGCAGUCGCAGCUAAUUAUAAUUACUAACAAGAAAAAAGAGAUGAAAUAUUAAAAAAGCACGACAACCAGUCCUGUAAACAGAUGGAGUCAUUUACCAACAUCAAGUUUGGAGAGGGCCUACAUUUUCACGCAUAUUGGGUAUGUUGCACCCGCAAUUAAUUUCAUAUCCAGAAUAAUUGUACACGUGAGUAAAUAUUAUGCCUGAGAAAAUGAGUCGAUUAUAAUCAAAGUUAUGUAACAUCGAAAUUGGAUCUUUUAUUUUUAGACCUAUUAUCUUGCGCUUAACGGAUUGUCAUUGACGUGUUGUUGGUUGUUUGUUGUUUUAUAUGGGAGGGUUUGAGUGUUUGAUGUAUGGCACAGUGAUCUGUGCACUGUAUCUGAUAUCUUAACAAAACUGCACGCAUGUGCCGCUCCCAUAAUAAUCUGAGAUGUUGCACUGUAUACAGCGGAUCCUAACGUGAGCGUCAUAACUCACUACAUAUUCGUUAACAGUCAUGUAACGGGUACCUUGCAGGUCCUUACGAUUCGCACUGAACACUUAUCACUAAGUUAAAUGAGUGAAAAUCUUUGUCAGAUCCUAAACAAAUUUUACGGUGAUUUGAUUUUUUAUAUACUAAAUUUUUUUUUUUUUUUUUUUUUUGGUCUAUGGGAAGGUCUUCACUGUUUGGUUGUGUAUUUUUGCUUCGUACCAUCCUGAUUUGAACUUGAUUGAUGUAACUCAUUAUAAGAUGUUACCAGUGAUUGGAAAUAAAAAUCGUCUAGAGCAAA